AUGUCAGCGCACAAGGAGUCGCCGAUAUUCGGCCGGAAUAGCAACGGUGGACGAAAUCUCCGCCGGAGAAAGCUUCUCGUCGGAGAAAAAAUUGAGGUAAGGAGUAUUGAAGAAGGGUCUUUGGGUUCUUGGUAUGUAGGAACUGUAAUUGCGUCGAAUAAGCGACUUCGGCGUAGUAUCAGAUAUGAUGACAUUCUGUCUGAUGAUGGUACUGAUUAUCUUGUGGAAACUGUUGGUGUUUCUGAGGUAGUAGAAGGGUUUAGCCCUGAUUGCGCAGUCGUUUCUGAUAUUUACCGUGGACGUUUAAGACCUGUGCCGCCAAAAAUGGAAGUUGAUCGACUGAAUCUUGCGUAUGGACUCUGCGUCGAUGUUUUUUUCAGCGAAGCUUGGUGGGAAGGUGUGGUUUUCGACCACGAAAAUGGUUCUGAGAAAAGGAGAGUGUUUUUCCCUGAUUUGGGUGAUGAAUUGAAUGCUGACCUUCAGUCUUUACGUAUUACUCAGGAUUGGAAUGAGGGUGCAGAGACGUGGGAGUGUCGUGGGAGAUGGCUGUUUCUUGAUUUGAUUGAGAAAUAUAGAGAAGAUAACUAUCUCCCGGUUUCGGUAGAGCAACUUUGGUAUGACAUACGCGAUAGGAUUGGUUUUGCGAGGAUCGGGGAAUGGACUUGCUCAAUUAGGCAUUUAUGGGAAGAUUUGAUGAUGGAGGUGAUUGGUGAUAAUCUUAGAAUCACCAUAAAUCAGUUUCUUCAUGAUUAUGAUGCUGAAAGAAACGCACACCAAGAGUUCAACCUCUUAAAAGAAGCUUCUCAAGAGGUUAAUGAGACCAAUCUUUGUUCCAGUGGUGUGCUAGUGAUUGCUCCACAAGAACAACAAUUUUCCUGCAUUGACAAAGAUCACAAACCGGCAAGCGAGAGAUACCAGUUCUUGUCUGAACUGACUUCUGUUUCUGGCAUAAGGUCAGAGGCGAGUUACAUCGAUAGGGUAACAGAAUUUUCCAGCAAGAAAUCUACUGCUGCUCAUAAAAAUAUGAUACUACCCAACAAACCUGGAAAUUGGCAACCUUUUGAUUGUGUUGCUAAAUCAUGCCCACAAGCUGUGUCGAGUUAUAUGAGGAAAGCAUCACAGAAAGUGGCCAUACAUGUCAGGAAGCAUCUUAAGUAUAUGGGAUGGACCAUAGAACAAAUAGUAGAUGAAGGUGGAAAGCACAGGUUUCGCUACCUCUCACCAGAUGGAAGGCUAACGGAGCAGUCCCUUCGUAAAGUAUGUUUUAUAUUGAAACAACGUGAUGAAUCCCUGACUUCUACGGGGAUGGCUAAGCCUCUUUCUCUGCCUUGUGAAAACCGGACGUAUAACACCCAGGAAAUGAUGACAUCCAUUGUUUUGGCUUUGCCUGCUUAUAAUAAAAGUGUCGGUCUUGGUGAUGGAAUGAAGCCGUCUUCUGAAACCGUGCUCGAUUGUGAAACACAAAGAAAAGAGGAGGUCUUUCAGAAAGAAAGCCACAAUUUCUAUCCCAGAAAUGCCCUCCCGACUCAUAAAAGGACACUCUGUGUUAGGCUCAAGCCUAAAACAAAACCUCAAGGCUUCAUAAGGUUGCAAAGUAAGCGUAAACAGAAACCUGACCUUAGAUAUAACUCCAAGAAGGACGAGGUGAUUGUAGGUUUGCGAAAUGUCAAUCUGAGCAUGAGAAGGGGGAGAACUUCAAGAAUGUUAAUGGAUAUCAAGAAUCGAGUAAUUGGUCGAGGUAAAACCCGUGUGUCACGAUCAAGCAAAAGAGUGCGUCGGGUAAUAACUCCCAUCUCCAGACAUCACAGUCCACGUAGUAUUCUUUCUUGGCUCAUCGACAACAAUGUGGUUCUACCAAGGGAAAAUAUACGAUGCCGUAACCAAAAGGAUCACACUGUGAGAAAAGAGGGGAAACUAACUCGUGAGGGUAUAAAAUGCAGCUGUUGCCGUAGAAUUUUCACCAUAAGUGGCUUUGAAGUUCAUGCUGAUGGUGGAUCUUGCCGAGCAGCAGCCAAUAUCUUCUUGGAUGAUGGAAGAUCUCUUUUGGAAUGCCAAGUAGAAGCGUAUAAAACAAGAAAGAAAGCACAGCCACCUGAUAUUCUGAAGAUGAAAUUGCGUCAAGGGGAGAACGAUAUAAUUUGCUCCGUUUGUCAAUAUGGUGGCAAGCUGAUUCUCUGUGAUGGAUGUCCAGCCGCUUUUCACGCAAAUUGUCUUGGGCUGGAGGAUGUUCCAGAUGGUGACUGGUUCUGCGCAUCAUGUUGUUGUGGUGUCUGCGGAGAACCUAUUCUCAAGGAUACUAGCAAAUAUGCCACGGAGGAAAAGCUUAUCAGUUGCAAGCAAUGCGAACUUAAAUAUCACCCUAGCUGUCUGCGUCAUGAUGAUGCUGGUGAUUCAUUGGAUACAUUCUUGAGAGAAAAGUGGUUUUGCAGCAAGGACUGUGAAGAGAUAUUUGUAAAUCUCUGUGAGCUUAUUGGAAAACCGAGAGAGGUGGGCGGGGAGAAUAACUUAACUUGGAGACUGGUGCAGUCCUUGGAACCUGAUACAGCUGGGACUGACACUUCUAAAAUCGAGGCUGUGGCAGAAAAUCACUGCAAACUCAGUGUUGCCCUUGAUGUGAUMCAUGAACUUUUCGAGCCUGUGAAAAGAUCUCAUGGUGGGGGAGAUCUUGCUGAAGAUGUUAUUUUUAGCAGAUGGUCGAAAUAUAAACGUUUGAACUUCAGUGGAUUUUACACAGUACUUCUAGAAAGGAACGACGAACUGGUUACCGUGGCUACUGUCAGAAUUUUUGGAAAAAAGGUUGCAGAAAUGCCUUUCAUUGGUACUAGAUUCCAGCAUCGCCAGCAUGGGUUGUGUCGAGUUUUGAUGGAUGAACUCGAAAAGGUACUCAUUGACUGGGGAGUAGAGAGGUUGGUCCUGCCUGCAGUUCCAUGCGUGUUGAACACAUGGACUAAUUCAUUUGGAUUUACAAAAAUGACAAUCUCGGAAAGGAGAUACUUUCUGCAGUAUACCUUCUUGGAAUUUGGACGAACAAUAAUGUGCCAGAAAAUAUUGAUCAAGAGCAGCGUGGCAGAUCCAAUUCCAUGUACAGUGUCUCUGGGUGAACCACACUGUGACAUCCUCAGGGUCGAAUACAAUCCUGCUUCUGAUGAUAGAUCAGAGGUACAUCAGGCAGAACAGCACCUCGAAGAGUCUAGCUCCACCAAAAAUCCACCAGAGUAUGUUGUUCAAACUCUCACUCUUCUCAAUCACUAA